AUUAGCUCAUACUCAUGCAGUUAACAAUUUGAAACUGCCAGGUUGAAAUAAAAGUUACUGAUUCUGAUUUCGACUGAGUGAGUGUUGUUUACUGACUACCAGUUCCAAGAAGGAAAAGAGAAAUAUUAGGAAAACGGCACGACUGCCAAGAGAUGUCCUCUGAUGAGGGGGAACCAAGCAGUCCAGCUCUGCCUAAGGAUUCAGAUCAAGGGAGCUCGGUGUCCUCAGAGUUGCAGGAUGAGUAUGAGGAGCUCCUGAGGCAUGCUGUGGUCACUCCCAAGUUUGAGCCAAGCACACCAUCCCAGCUGCUUCAAAUGUCACAACUCUCUGCAUCUGGACCAAUUUCUCACCUCCUGGAGGGCCGGCGAUCUCAACCUACUGAAGAGGAUAGUGGAAGACACUCGGGAAGAGGGGUGACCUCUACCAGGGCAACUCCUCUUGAUCGGGAUUCCUCUCAUGUCCAAGCAUCAGAAGACAUGGAGAUGCUGGGCAGAUCUCCCGGUAAUGAGAGUGUACCAGAGAGACAGCAGACUGCUUCAGAGACUUCCAGGCAAAGCAGCCCGGAUGCUGUCAUCACCGUGGAGACUGAGGUGUCCGUCUCGGAGGAGAACAUGACCAGAAUGGAAAACGUCUUGGAUAUGUGGAAUGACAAUCUGAAGACCAACGUGCUGAUGGAGCUGAGAAAGUGGAAGCUGGCGUAUGCCGAGCAGCAUAAGCUGGCGCUGAGGAAGGAGAGGGAGAAGCACGCGGCCGACAUGGUUGCCGUGAACGCAGAUAUGGAUGGGCUAAAGGACCUGCUGCACACGUACGAGCUCUCCAGUCAGAGGAAGGAUGAGGUGAUUAAGAACCUGAGCUACGCACUUGACAGACAGCGGGAGCGGCUGGAGAUGAUGAGGUCGUUCACGCAGUGGAGGCUCCGCCACGGCGCUCUCCGAGAGGAGGCCCAGGGUGGCAAGAUGGCCGAGCAGCACUACCAGCAACAGCUGAAGAAGAAGGUGUGGGCCGCCUGGCACUCUCUCAUCUCCAGCCGCUGGAAGGAGCGCAUGGAGCGGGCGUGCCGCGCCCGCGCCGAGGAGGUCUGCGUGCAGCUCUCCAACGACUACGAGACCAAGAUGGCUGAGAACGUGGAGGCGCUGCAGAAAGCACAAGCGGAGAUCCAGAAGCUGCACCUGGAGCGCGAUCGCUACGAGGACUCCAUGAAGAAGGCCUUCAUGCGCGGCGUGUGCGCCCUCAACAUGGAGGCCCUGAGCAUGUUCCAUGGGGGAGAGGGCCGGCCCCAGGAGCAUGAUGCUCCUCCCCCACGGGAUGAUCCGAGCUUCGGCUCAUUGGCCGGCCUGCAGCCUCGGCCCACCUCUUCCUUCUCUGACGUGGCGUUCGCCAUGGAGACCCAGGCCGCAGCGCUGGCCCCAUCCUGCAGUGACGCGGACAGGAUGUCUCCUGGUCCAGGCCCCAGUCUGUUCCUCUCCCACAUGGGCCCAGACUCCAGUAUGGGGCUGCCCAGAGCCGAAGCCCUCCCUCCCUCCUCCACCACCAGUACUACAGGGAGUAGCGCCGUACCACUAGGGGGGACUGUAACAUCCCACAGACAGUUCAGCGGCCGAGCAACUUCGGGAGGUCCACAGAGACCAAGCAGGACAGUGACUGCUCGUGUGACCGGACACACAGACAUGACCCGGACCCACAUGCCCAGCAGCCUACGGGUCACACGCACGGGCCAAUCAAGGAGCUCUGUAGUCGUGGAGCGUCAUCAUCCAGUUACUCAGUUCACAGUGGAGCAGACGGCAGCAGCCAGGUACCCACGCUCCAUUCAUCAGGCCCAGGCUCUCCCAGGCAGCAGGAGCUCCAGGGACCCCCGCGCCCACUCUAGCGCUCACAUCCACACUGUCAAAGUGGUGGAGUGAACUCACACACACACACACAGAAACAAAUGCACACUGAU